AGUUCUGGAGUUGAGGAUUUAUUUCGAGGAUGAGAGUUUUAAUUCAUUUAUAAUUUAAUACAGACAAUAAACAAAGCAGUUAUUAAGAUAGAUUGUACUUCCAUGUGUGGCAGGACAUCUUAACAGUUGUUUAUAUAGUUAACUUUUUUUAAAGUUUCCUGUCUCUACCGUAUUUCCAGUUUUGCAUGAUUAUAAAUAACAUCUUUACAAAAUAUUUGAAGACAAUCCCACUUUUUUUUGCAUCAUUUGGAAAAAGGAACGGUUGUUUCUGGAGCCUUAAAUUAGUUUUCAAAAUAUUUGCAAGUUAGCUGUUUUUAAUAAAAAAAAAAAAAAAAAAAAAAAGUCUUUUGACUGCACAUUUGAGUUAGUUGGACUUUUCUGACUAGUACACAUUGAUACGUUGUGCCUUUUUAUUUUUAAAAAAAUACUCUUAUUUAAUGAAAUACAUAUUUUAAACAUUGCUGAUUUCAAAACAAAGCUAGCGAAAUAAUGCUGGAACUUUUAAAACUACAUUUUCCUAAAUAUUGUGACGGCGAGGGUGUUGCAAGGAGAGGUGAACCUCGAAAACUUUCUUGUUUGUUCCGAUAAUAGUCAAAGGAUUUGAAUUCCUGAAGAUCAUUAACACCCUCCCAGCUGGAUUGCAGCAUGUGUUUGUAAUCGCCAGCUGAUUUCUUCGUUUCCUGCUGAUAGUUUAGGAGAAUCAUGCCCACCAGACAAGCACCCACGAUGGAUCUGAAUCAGGAUUAUGUGAAAAUUAAAACACAUUACAAAGGGGACAUGCUGAUCACCGCUCUGGAUUCCUCCAUGACGUACAGAGCGCUGUGUGAUGAGGUUCGGGACAUGUGCAGUCUACUACAGACCCAGCCCAUCACACUCAAAUGGAUUGACAAUGAAGGAGAUCCUUGCACCAUCUCCUCCCAGAUCGAGCUGGAAGAAGCCUUCCGUCUGUACAGCCGGAACAGAAACGAGGGCCUCCACAUGCACGUGUUCCCCAGCAUUCCAGAGAAGCCAGGCAUGCCGUGUCCCGGGGAAGACAAAUCAAUCUACCGUCGCGGAGCCAGAAGAUGGAGGAAGCUGUACCGCGUGAACGGGCAUCUCUUUCAGGCCAAGCGCUUUAACAGGAAAGCUUACUGUGGCCACUGCAGUGAAAGGAUAUGGGGUCUCGGAAGGCAGGGCUACAAGUGUAUCAACUGCAAACUGCUGGUCCAUAAGCGCUGUCACAAACUCGUUCCUCUGACCUGCCAAAGGCAUAUGGAUCCGGUCAUGCCAUCCCAAGAGCCGCCAGUGAAUGAGGAACAAGAAGUCGAACUCCCUUCUGAAGAAACAGACGGGAUUCCAUUCAUACCACACAAUCGGACACUGGAAAAAGGGGAAGAUGAUUCAGAGGAUCUCAAGCCGGUGCUGGACGGGAUCGAUGGGAUUCAGAUCUCCCAGGGGCUGGGACUGUCGGACUUCGACCUGAUCAGAGUGAUUGGCCGCGGCAGCUACGCCAAGGUCCUCCUGGUGAGGUUAAAGAAGAACGAGCAGGUCUACGCCAUGAAGGUGGUGAAGAAGGAACUGGUGCACGAUGAUGAGGACAUCGACUGGGUCCAGACAGAGAAGCACGUGUUUGAGCAGGCCUCCAGUAACCCCUUCCUCGUCGGCCUUCAUUCCUGUUUCCAGACAGAGAGCCGAUUGUUCCUGGUUAUCGAGUAUGUGAACGGCGGUGAUCUCAUGUUCCAUAUGCAACGGCAGAGAAAGCUUCCGGAGGAGCAUGCACGGUUUUAUGCAGCUGAAAUUUGUAUUGCUCUAAACUUCCUUCAUGAGAAAGGGAUCAUCUACAGGGACUUGAAACUGGACAACGUUCUCUUGGACUACGAGGGACACAUCAAAUUAACAGACUACGGGAUGUGCAAGGAGGGUAUAAGACCUGGUGACACUACAAGUACCUUCUGUGGGACUCCGAACUACAUAGCACCUGAAAUACUCCGGGGAGAGGACUAUGGUUUCAGCGUGGACUGGUGGGCUCUGGGGGUCCUGAUGUUUGAGAUGACGGCCGGAAGAUCCCCGUUUGAUAUCAUCACAGACAAUCCUGACAUGAACACAGAGGAGUACCUGUUCCAAGUUAUUCUUGAAAAGCCCAUUCGCAUUCCAAGAUCUCUCUCUGUCAAGGCUGCCAGCGUUUUAAAGGGCUUUUUAAAUAAGGACCCUAAAGAAAGACUUGGGUGCCAAGUGCAAACAGGAUUUUCAGAUAUCAAGUCGCACACCUUCUUCCGCAAUAUAGACUGGGACCAGCUAGAGAAGAAGCAGGUGACUCCCCCAUUCAAACCGCAGAGUACAGAUGACUAUGGUUUAGAUAAUUUCGAUACUCAGUUUACCAACGAACCGGUGCAGCUAACCCCAGAUGACGAAGAUGUUAUUAAAAGAAUAGACCAGUCCGAGUUUGAAGGAUUCGAAUAUAUUAAUCCUAUGCUGCUGUCAUCAGAGGAAACGGUAUGAAGCAGGAGCCGCUUCGUUUCACCUGCGUAUCGCAAAACUGAAAGACCUCCAUGAACAGAAUCGUUAAAACAGACUUUAUGGAGGUGGAUCAUUCUCUGGAACUACUUGCAUGCAAGGAUCAGGAACUGGUGCAAGACUUUCAAGAAGAACACUAUAUAGAAAACUGCUGCAGAGAAAAAAAAAAAUUUUAUAUAUAUAUGUAUAUAUAUAGCAAGCAAGGCCAGUCAGUGGUAGUCUUCCUCUAACCACUAUGUUUCUCUGUUUUUGGGUGUCGACACUACCUGGCUUUGUAACCUGAUGAAGAAAGCCUGCUCAUUCUGUGCCUGCUUCCAUGAAGGAUCCUAAAAUUCUUAAUUUCGUCCCUGGGAAAAUACGAGAGUUCAUGCUGUUCUUGAAUUUAUGUACACUUUUUUUUUUGCGACGCUAGAUGAUCUCGUCGAGGAUGACUGGCCUUCGAACUAUACAAGAAUGUACUAUAAAAAAGAAGGAAAACCACAAUAUACUGUAUUAAAAGUGUAGGUAGCGAAUCCCAAAUUUUUAUAAUGUUUUUUGUUGACGCAAAAUGGCAUGUUAUUUAUUGCCACUUUGCUGGCAAUUCCUGUACUUUAGCAACAAACAAAGGAGUUGCAUUUAACUACCAAUCGGUGUUUUAGGAUAAAGUUUUAGAAGUGCCUAACAUGA